UUUACGUUUCACAACCGUGGGCUAAUUUUUUACCAAAAAAUAAACAAACUUGCCCCGGAAGUUGUUCGUGCUCGUGCCACGUCAGAGCUACUAAAGUGUUAGCCCUGCUCCACUGUGUGUGUGCCAGCAGCAGCUCCCUUUUCUCUUUCACCAUGCUGUGCCUGGGACUGAGCUGUUUGCUGCUGCUGCAUGUGUUUGUGGUGUUUGGGACUGAGCUCACAUUUGAGCUCCCUGACAACGAUAAGCAAUGUUUCUACGAGGAACUGGAGAAAGACGUGAAGUUUGACAUAGACUUCCAAGUGAUUUCAGGAGGAAACUAUGAUGUGGACUGUUUUGUGACGGAUCCUCAGAACAAUGUCUUAUAUAACGAGAAGAAGAAGCAGUAUGACAGCUUCUCUCACACCACAACUAUGAAGGGCGUCUACAAGGUCUGCUUCAGCAACGAGUUCUCCACUUUUACACAUAAAAUCGUGUAUCUGGAGUUCCGCCAUGGAGAUGAGGAUCCUCUCCUGCAGAGCAUGACCAGCUCUACUGCACUGACUCAGCUGGAGUCAUCUUGCGUCUCCAUUCAUGAGAUCCUGAAGGUGGUGGCUGACUCACAGACAUGGUACAGGCUGAGAGAGGCGCAUGACCGCACAAAAGCAGAGCAUCUCCUCGAGCGGGUGACCUUCUGGUCCAUAGGAGAAACCGUCCUGCUGUUUGUCAUUGGCAUCGGUCAAGUUAUGUUGCUCAGGAGCUUCUUCACUGAGAAGAAAGGCUCUGUGGCAGCCACCACUUAGAAAUCCUAUUCUUGAUACGUCCUCAGAAAGACAAGGUGGAACAGCGUCAGUGUGAACAUAUAGGUGCAUCUGGAGAGUAGCAGCCAUCUUUUAUUAUUUCCAGCAAACCCUUUGUUUGAGGGAUAGUUCAGGAAGUCUUUUUUUUUUUUCCUGCUUACCCAGUGUCACACAAGUGUGAAUGGCUUUUUUGUGUCUGUGUUGUUUUGUUUGUAAGAAGCUGUACUGAAAAGAAACAACACUCGUACUUUGAAAAUUGAGAUUCGACACCUUUCAGCCUUGCACAGAUUAUUUAUUAAUUGCUAUAGACGUACAACAAAAAGCAUGUUUAGUUUGAUGCAUCUGGUAAUGGCCAGGAUUGCCUUGCAGUAGGACCAUCAAGGAUUUCGGUCUAGAUAGUUGUGGAAAGUGUUGUUUCCGAAUGUCAGUUUUAUUUUAUAGUGUGUGAUGUGUAUUAUGUUUAUUACCUUAAUUUAUGUGCAAAAAGUUACCAGUUGUAAGAGCUCUGUCUCCCUCAUGUCCUUGUGUGUCUUAAGUGCCUUAAGAAAUUUAUUUUUUCAUUUCCUACCAAUUUACCAAGUUUAUGCCAAGUUUACGGUUUACUGCCUGUUACAUGCCAUCCUGUUGUCACUGAUUGAUUAGAUAUUCUCACUUUUAUGUUUUAAAUUUGGUUGGUAAAUUUGGUUAAGUCUGUGUUAUUUUCACAAAGAAAUACGUUUAAUGGACAUUAGUAAGUGACCAAUUAUUGUGGAUCUCACCACUAAAGUUAUGUCUUCAGUCCUAUUUGUUUAUCCAUCUGUUUAUUAUCUGUAAAAUCAGAUUUAAGUAAAAUGUAGUAAAAAAAAAAGUCAUGUUUGGUGAAGAUGCAAAUCCAUUUUCCUCUUCUAAGAUUUGCAUUUUGAACAUUUGUGGUAUUUUCUGAUGCCAUUUCAGAUCCAGGUUCACAUAAAAAUGUAUUUUUGAUUUUAUUGAUUUAAGUUUUAUUAUUAAGAAGAGAGAUUUUGAUUGUAAAUUGUGCAGAUAUAAGCUCUCAUGUGUUUUCUAAUUAAUGGCAAAUUACAGGAGAUAAUAAAAGCUGUUUCCGGCCGACUCGUGCCCCUUUA